UCCUCAGAGACUGACCCCCACCCCUCAAAGGCAGAGAUAACAAAAGAAAUUACAUUGAAAGCGAACAGGGAGGCCUCAAACCCUCAAACUGCCAUGAUGUUUGCCAGGAUGUCUGAGCUCCAGGUUCUGCUGUUAGUUGUCCUGAUGGAAAAGUUUGCAGCUGGGUUCUUCUUGAAGCCGUUGCCCGAUGACCUGGACCCAGACUGGACUCCUGACUUCUAUGACUACAGCUAUGACGACGAUAUCCAGGAAGAGAACACCAAUACUUCGCUGGUCAACCAUGAGAAUCCUGACUGGUAUUAUGCAUCAGAUGAUCCAUGCCAGUCCAAUCCCUGUGAACAUGGUGGGAACUGCAUUAUCACCGGGGACACCUUCAGUUGCAGAUGUCAGCCCCCCUUCUCUGGGAACAGGUGUCAGAAUGUGGAAACCAGGUGCAAGAACAACCGCUGCGGCCCAGGCGAAUGUCUCAUUACCCAGAAUCCUCCCUAUUACCGCUGUGCCUGCCGACACCCUUACACGGGUCCAGACUGUUCCAGAGUGCUUCCGGUGUGCAGACCAAAUCCCUGCCAGAAUGGCGGCAUCUGCUCACACCACAGGCGGAGAUCCAGAUUCAAAUGCACCUGUUCUGACCAGUUCACGGGAAGGUUCUGUGAAAUAGGUUCUGAUGACUGCUAUGUUGGUGAUGGCUACUCUUACCGAGGCAGAGUGAGCAGGACAGUCAACCAGCACACGUGUCUUUACUGGAACUCCCACCUCCUCUUGCAGGAGAAUUACAACAUGUUUAUGGAGGAUGCUGAGGGCCAUGGGAUUGGGGAGCACAACUUCUGCAGAAACCCAGAUGGAGACCAGAAGCCCUGGUGUUUUAUUAAAGCUAAUAGUGAAAAGGUGAAGUGGGAAUACUGUGAUGUCCCAGCUUGCCCAGCUGUAGACACUGACAACCCAGAGCAGAGCCCAGUGGGCUCCCCGAUCCAGCAUUUGGGAUUUGACUCCUGCGGGAGAACUGAGGUCACGGCAAGGAAGAUCAAGAGGAUCUACGGUGGCUUCAAGAGCACAGCGGGCAAGCACCCGUGGCAGGCGUCCCUGCAGACCUCACUGCCUUUGACCUCCUCCAUGCCCCAAGGCCACUUCUGCGGGGGUGCAUUGAUCCACCCUUGCUGGGUGCUCACUGCUGCCCACUGUACCAACAUAAAGGCCAAACAUCUAAAAGUGGUACUAGGGGACCAGGACCUGAAGAAGACAGAAUUCCAUGAGCAGACCUUCAGGGUGGAGAAGAUAAUCAAGUACAGCUGCUAUAAUGAAAGAGACGAGAUUCCAUACAAUGAUAUCGCUUUGCUCAAGUUAAAGCCAGUGGAUGGGCACUGUGCUCUGGAGUCUAAAUAUGUGAAGACCGUUUGUUUGCCCGAUGAUUCUUUUCCCUCUGGGACCGAGUGUCACAUCUCUGGCUGGGGUGUGACAGAAACAGUUGAUGGGCACUUGGGUUGUUUCCAAGAUCUGGCGAUUACAAAUUGUGUACAGCUCACUUCUAAUUUCCGAAUAAUUACAUCCACCUCCGAGAUGUGGAAUCAUGACCAAAUACAAACACAUUCAGAAGGGGAGGGUUCCCGCCAUCUUCUGGAUGCAAAAGUCAAGCUGAUUGCCAACACUUUAUGCAACUCCCGAAGACUCUAUGACCAAACGAUUGAUGACAGCAUGAUUUGUGCAGGAAACCUUCAGAAACCUGGGCAAGAUACUUGCCAGGGUGACUCUGGAGGUCCUCUGACCUGUGAGAAGGAUGGCAUCUACUACGUCUAUGGGAUCGUGAGCUGGGGCCAGGAAUGUGGGAAAAAGCCAGGGGUCUACACCCAAGUUACUAAGUUCCUAAGCUGGAUCAAAACCACAAUGCAAAAUGAGGCUGUUUUCUAAGGUGCUGUCCUGGACUCAGAGCUCAUCCUCCUCUGCACCAGACUAAGAAGACCAUACAGGCAGCAUGGAGUGCCCAGGAGGCCACACCAUGGAGUGCCCUGCUCUGGGCACAGACACCUGCUAUCCACCCUGGGCCUGGCCAGCCAGCAUCCACAACUUCCUAGGCUUCCUCUAUCUUCCUGGGCAGCCCAGGAACAAUGGACUCAACACUGGACACAUUAGGUUUGCCUCCUUUCUGCCUACUAUACCUUCUAGAAAAUCAGUGUUCACAAAGAUAGCCUCCAUCAGGGACACCUACAAACUCGAG